ACACAGCCCAGGCGGCCCAGAAGCCCAUCGCGAUGUUGACGCCGGUGGCUUGCAUGGUGGGCAUGCUCUGUCUUUUCGUCCAGGCCAGUCGGGAUGCGCUGCCCCCCAUGAGCAAAGAGAAGGCCUCCAUUUUUUCCGACUUGAGCCCUGCGGAGCUUCGGGCCGUCCGGACAUUCCUGAUGAGUCGUCCCGAACUGGGACUCCAACCGAGCAAGGGGGGGUCCCUUGCCAAGAACAGCCUCUUCCUGAUCGAAAUGCUCCCCCCGAAGAAAAACCAGGCCUUGUGCCACCUCGCUUCCAGCACGUGGCCCCCGCGUCGACGCGCCCGAGCUGUGGUCUUCUUUGGUGCCGGCACCAAGCCCAACAUCACAGAGUACAUUGUGGGGCCGCUGCCCGUGCCGACAUUCUAUCGCCCUUCUGGCCAGCCGGUGGACUUUACUACCAGACCCAUGACCCAACUGGAGUACAAGCUGGUCUUCGACAAGCUGGCUGAAUUACUGGCCCCGCUGAACCAGUUCUUGAAGGAUGUUUCAGGUUUCGGCCUCAAGGACUGCCAUGACCAAUGCCUGACCUUCACCGACAUCGCCCCACGUGGCCUCGCCUCUGGGGAACGGCGGACGUGGAUCAUUGUUCAGCGUGCCAUUGAGGGCUUCUUCCUGCAUCCCGUUGGGUUGGAAGUCCUGAUCAAUCACCGGGAGCUGGACCCCGUCCAGUGGUCCAUCGAGACUGUGUGGUACAAUGGUCAGUAUUUUGGCACUCCAAGGGAACUGGCCCAGCAAUAUGCGCAGGGCAAGGUGCCCAUCGUUAAGCUGGUUUCCCAUCCAGACCAAACCCUCUUCUCCAGCUUUGUGCCACGUGGACAGUUCAAUGCCGGGCCCCCGACCAACAUGCAUGGCACCAAAGUAUGUGAACCGCAGGGAUGCCGCUACUCCGUGCACGGCAAUCUUGUAGAAUACAGCGGAUGGAGCCUGGCCUUCCGGCUACGCACAUCGACUGGCCUGCAGCUUUUCGACGUGCGGUUCAAUGGGGAGCGCAUUGCCUACGAGAUGAGCGUACAGGAGGCCAUUGCCUUCUAUGGAGGGAACUCCCCAGCCGCCAUGCAGACCAAGUACAUUGAUGUCGGAUGGGGCAUGGGAAGCGUCACUCAUGAACUGGCUCCCGGCAUCGACUGUCCAGAAACGGCCACCUUCAUUGACGCCUACCACCACUAUGAUGCUGAUGCGCCAGUCCGCUACCCCCGUGCCAUCUGUAUCUUUGAGCUGCCUACGGGUGUGCCCCUGCGCCGCCACUUCGACAACAACUUCCAAGGAGGUUCCACCUUCUAUGCAGGCCUGGAGGGUCAUGCCCUGGUGAUCCGGACCACUUCCACCGUCUACAACUAUGACUACAUUUGGGACUUCCUGCUCUUCCCGAACGGUGUGCUGGAGACCAAGGUUCACGCCACAGGCUAUGUCCAUGCCUCCUUCUACACACCAGAGGGGAUCCACUACGGCACUCGUCUCCAUACACACUUGCUGGGCAACAUCCACACCCACUUGGUACACUACAAGAUUGAUCUAGAUGUUGCAGGGACCGCCAACAGCUUCGAGACAGUGGACAUCGCCUUCGAGAACAUAUCGCUCCCCUGGCAACCGAGCCACCGGCUGGUGCAGCCACGCUUGAAGCGGGAGCCACGCCUCCGCGAGCGCCAGGCCACGUUCCCCAUUGGCAAGCCCCUCCCUCGCUACUUCCUGAUCUCUAACCCCAGCCAGAAGAACCGCUGGGACCACCCACGCAGCUACCGCAUCCAGCUCAACUCCCACGCCGGCCUCGUCCUACCUCGUAACUGGAAGGAAGAGAACGGUGUCCCCUGGAGCAGGUACCACAUGGCUGUGACUCAACACCACGAAAAUGAAGGCGUCAGCAGCAGCUUGUACAUCCAGAACGACCCGUGGCACCCCAGCGUGAGCUUUGAAAACUUCCUUCGGAAUGACGAGAGCAUCGACAAGCAGGACCUGGUAGCCUGGGUGACAGUGGGGUUCCUCCACAUCCCCCACUCAGAGGACAUCCCUAACACAGCCACACCCGGAAAUGUAGUGGGUUUCUUACUGCGUCCCUUCAACUUCUUCGACGAAGACCCUUCGGUGGCAUCCCGUCGCACGAUCAUCGUGCGUCCCAAAGAGGCUGGGAGUGGGAAUGGGGUGCAGAUUCAGCGCUGGACUCCAGAGAGCCCCGGACACUGCGUGACGAAGGAGCCCUUCAGCUACAAUGGCACCUACAGCCCCAUCUAGUUCAUCCAGGACUUCUGACUGUGGAACGCUGCCGUUGCCGGUUUGAAACACGCCCCAAAGGACCUCAUCUAACGACCCCGUGGCCAGGCAGGUCUGCGGGCAGAAAGACUGAGGAAGAACCCGGCCAUGCUGCCUCCCCCCCACCAUUUGGUGUUCUGUCAGAUCCUUUCUUGGACUGGCUGUCACUCGACUGCCAGCAGGUGCUGGCAAUUCUGCCUCGCUUGCUCCCCCUCCUGGUCCAUUACUGACUCCACAGCAAGGGGCAAAAUUUGAACUCAAGGCCACAAAGGGUGAGUCUUGGAACUUGAGGGUUCCAGGUAUUUCAUCCCUGUAGUUGCACUUCCCCAGAGCAGGGCUCCUUCUGUGGGCCAGGGGAAACCUCUGCCCUACCCAGCAGGGCUGUCAUGAAA